AUGACUACAGCAGAAACAAAUAUGGAAUCUGAAACAACGAAUGAUGUUAAUAAUGAUGAAAAUCUUGCAUUUGACUCAAAUCAAAUAUCAUCUGAUGAUAUGCUUGCACAAAUUAUUGACUCGAUAAAUCUUUCAACGUCAUGUGAAGAUACAGCUACUGAUGAAUCCCAAUCAAAAUCAUCAACAACUACAACUCGUACAUCAGGACAAACAGCUAUUGGUGCUAAACUUGUGAAAAAAUUAGAAACAUUAGCUGCUACUUCAAAAGAAAAUAAACCAACUAAUGGUAAAACACCAAGCAUAACAACAGCAGCAAGUAGUACUACAGCUUCAACGACUAACAAUGAAUCUGAAUCACGUCGUAUCAUCACUAAAGCGGCUAAAAAUAUUGUAAAGGGUUUGACUGAUUCAGAUCCACAAAAAAAUCUGCUAACAUUAGCAACAAAAAUUGCUGAAUUACAAGAACAGCAACGAUUAACACAAACAAAAGCGAAUGAAUCCGAAAAACGAUUCACAACGUUAAUGCGUGAACGUGACCAAGUUUUGCUUGAGAAUGGUCGUAUUGUGGCAGCAAAAGCCAAGUUAGAAAGUCUCUGCCGUGAACUUCAUCGACAUAGUCAACAAAUACGUGAUGAAAGUUCUCAACGACAACGUGACGAAGAAACAAAACGUCGAGAAUUAGCAACAAAAUUUCAGACAACUAUUGAUGAAAUUGCGUCACAAUUAUCUAAUUAUAGUGAGAAAUCAACAUCAUUACGCGAACAAAAUCUUCAAUUAUCUGAAGAAUUAACAAAUGUAGUUAAAAGAUAUGAAUUACGUGAAAAGGAAGUUGAAGCAGCGCUAAAGAAAAGAGAACUUGAAUUACGUUUAACUGAAGCCAGUUUAGAACAAAGUCAUACUCUCCUUGAAGAACGAACUGAAUUAAUUAAACAAGAACGACAAGUCAGUGAAGCCGAACGUUUAGUUUUAUAUAAGAAAUGCGAAGAAUUAGCUUCAUCUGAAUUAAGUCUUCGGUCUCAAGUACAAAUGUAUUCGGAACGUUAUCAAGAAUUUCAAAAUGCUAUUCAACAAAGUAGUCAAAUGGUUACAUCAUGUCAUUCGGAAAUAGAAAAAAUGGGGAAAAGAAUUAAAAAAUUAGAAAAAGAACGAAAUGAUUUUCGACAUCGAUGGGAAAUUGCUGAACAAAAUCAAAGAAAAUCAAUGGAAGAUUAUAAACUUUUGGAAAAAGAAAAACGACAAUUAGAGAUUAAACUAGAUAAACUUGAUAAACUGAGUCGAGCUUUACAACUAGAACGAACAGAUUUACAAGCAGCCAUUAAAAAACUAUCAAAACCUGGAACAAUAGAUUCAACAUCUUCGUCUGCUCUAACAACAGUUAGCUCAGCGACUCUUCCUGUCGAAGAUAAUCCAUCUACUCAUGCUACAGUAUUAUCAACUACAGAUGUUCCCACGUCAUCAGAUACAGCGAUAAAUGGACAUGAUGCAUCGAAAACAGAAUCCGAUCUCGGAACAACCUCUGAUUUGAAUGCACCAGCUACCGUUGAACCUGAAUCGCCCAAUCUAUAUGACAGCGAAUUGGGUCGCAUUGCAAACACUGUUGAUUAA